UCGAUUUUGAGGGAUUGACAGAUGAGGAAGUUAAGAUGGGUGAUGGACGGCAGUGGGUUCUGGGAUUUGGACGUCUCCACUCCGGCCACCCUCAACGGCCUCGCCCGACCCGUACCCGGUGACCCAACCCCAUCCAUCCUCGGAUUGUCCAGAGGGAUCCGUCUUUCAAGACCCAAACAGGUCGACUUCUUCCAGCGCUUCAUGUUUAUGCCAUUUAUCCCUUCUUACUCCAUUGCUAGUCCUCAUGCUCAUGGAAACGGCUUCUCUCUUCAACGCCUUCUCUCCUUACCUUUCGCCCUGGAUCGCUGGAGGCAACCAACCCAUCAAUCUCCAUUGUUCCAAAGCAUUGGCAGACAUCUGAGCGAUAAGUCUUUGUAUGCCAUUGAUKUCUGCUCAGAAUUCUUCCUAACACCUGAUGAUUCUCUUCUUCUCAGCCUAGAAUCUUAUGGUGAUGAUGACUACAAGACACCUCGAAAGAAAGCAGUUUUUCAUCACAAGGCAAGCAUGUCAUGUAAUGUGAAACCUUAAUUGUGCUUUUCUUGUGUGUUUUAGUAGGUUGUCAAUAAAAAGGCCCAUUAUCAAAGAUUCCUGAACCAAAGAGCUGCUUUAAGUGCUUAGGGUAACUAACUGUAUGCAAA